UGUCUCUUUUCAUAGCUCGGCUCCCCAGCAAGUCAAGAGGCAGGAGCGGCUGAUGAGUGACCGGGGCCGGCGUCGUCCGUAGUGACUGCAGAGCGGCUCUCAGCGCCGGGGCACAGCUCGCCUAUGGCUUUCUGGAGGAGAGCAGACUCUCUGCAGCUUUCCUCUAAGGAGAGGUUUUCUUUGUUACUUUUGGACUUGGAGGAAUACUUUUUUGAACAGCAUAUAGCACAUCACAUAUCCAAAGCAGGCGAUGCUACAGAGAGAAGCACAAGUGGAUCCCUGAAGAUAUGCUCAAAGUCCAUUAUAUUUGAACCUGAUACAAUUGAAGAACCCAUACUGAAGAUUGCACUGCGGGAUUGUUCAAGGAUUGAAGUGGAAGAUGAUGACGAUCUCUUCAGGACCAACAGGCACAAGCGAUUUUCUGUUGCAUGCAGCCAGGUUUAUCUCAUCAAAGAACAGAACGUUGUUGCACCGUAUAAACUUCAGCGUGGUGGAGGCCAUUUUUUCUUUCAGCUGGAUAAUUCUAGAAAGGUGGAUGACGUUGUACAGAACAUUCUCCAGCUUCAAAGAGCUUCUCGGCUAGAAAAACUUGGCGAUCAGACAGCAAUGAUAACUGCUAUUCUGCAGUCACGUUUGGCAAGGGCAUCAUUUGAUAAAAACAGCUUUCAAAGUGUGUGUGAAAUAUCGAACAUGGAGUGUGAGGCAGAGAUGAUAACUCCGCUGGUCUCCAACCCCGGCCAUGUCUGCAUCACAGAUAAAUACCUUUAUUUCCAGCCGUUAAAUGCAUACCCAAAACCUGUAGUUCAAAUUAGCCUGGCUGACAUUCGUCGAAUAUAUAAAAGGAGACAUAUGCUGAUGCCUCUGGGCCUGGAAGUGUUUUGUACUGAAAAUGACCCGUGCUCAGAUAUAUACCUCAAAUUUUACAACCAUAAAGAUCGUGAUGGGGUGUACUACUAUAUUGCUGCUUAUCUAGAGAAUCAUGUGACGGAGCAGACAGCAGACAGCUACAUGCUUCAGUGGCAGAUGGGCCAAAUAUCCAAUUACCAGUAUCUUUUACAUCUCAAUAACCUGGCAGAUCGGAGCUGCAAUGACCUUUCCCAAUACCCUGUGUUUCCAUGGAUCAUCGCAGACUACACUAGCUCUCAAUUGAAUUUAUCCAUUCCUGAAACCUUUCGAGAUCUGAGUAAACCAGUGGGUGCUCUAAAUAAAGACAGGCUUGAAAGGCUACUGAAGCGGUAUCGUGAAAUGUCUGAGCCAAAAUUCAUGUACGGAAGUCACUACUCCUCUCCAGGAUAUGUUCUCUUCUACUUGGUUAGAGUUGCCCCAGAGCACAUGCUAUGCAUCCAAAAUGGAAGGUUUGACCAUGCGGAUAGAAUGUUCAACAGUAUUGCAGAAACGUGGAGGAACUGCUUAGACGGUGUAACCGACUUUAAAGAGUUAAUUCCAGAGUUUUAUGGAAGUUGUGGUGCAUUCUUGCUAAACAGUAUGAACCUGGACCUUGGGAAAAGACAAGGGGGGAGAUUGGUUGAUGAUGUAGACAUUCCUCCUUGGGCGUCAGAUGUAGAUGACUUCCUGCGGAAAAACAAAGAGGCUUUAGAAAGUCAGUAUGUGUCGGACCAUCUCCAUGAAUGGAUUGACUUGAUAUUUGGCUAUAAGCAGAGAGGAAGUGAGGCUGUUUCUGCAAAUAAUGUGUUCCAUCCGGUGACAUAUGAAGGAGAAAUCAACUUAAAAAGCAUUGAAGAUCCUGAUCAGAAAAUAGCAUUGCUAACUCAAAUUUUGGAAUUUGGUCAAACUCCAAAACAGCUUUUUACAAAAGCUCAUCCAAAGAGGAUAUUUACCAAGUCCAAAUCUUUUUCCCGGUCAUCCAGUCAGAAUCUGUCUACAGUUGAAUCACCAGUUUCGCCCAGUGAAGAUUCUUUUGAAGACCUAACUGAAGAAAGUAAAACCCUUGCAUGGAGUAAUAUCACCAAAUUCCAAAUAGAGAGCAGACACAAGAUUCACAAAGAGGCUAUAACUGGAAUUGCUGUAUCUUCAAAUGGAUCUUCAGUCUUUACAACAUCACAAGAUUCAACUUUGAAGAUGUUCUCCACAAGUCAGAAGUCUUUGCAGAGGAGUGUGUCGUUCUCUAAUAUGGCAUUGUCAUCUUGUGUCCUUUUGCCUGGGGAUACAACAGUGAUGUGCUCCUCAUGGGAUAAUAACGUAUAUUUUUACUCUAUUGCUUUUGGAAGGAGACAGGAUACAUUAAUGGGACAUGAUGAUGCUGUUAGCAAGAUUCAGUGGUGCAACAACAGACUCUUCACUUCAUCUUGGGAUUCUACGGUCAAGGUGUGGAACUGUGUACCCAGUGAUGUAUGUGGGACCAAGAGAAACAACUUUGAAUUGCUGGCAGAAUUAGAGCAUGACGCUGGUGUAAAUACAAUCAAUGUGAGCUCUGAUGGAUCUCUGCUGGCAUCUGGAACCAAAGAAGGGGUCGUCAGCAUCUGGGACGUUGCAGAGCCAUGUUUAUUACAUCAGCUUCCUUGCCACAAUGGAUCAGUCCAUGACAUUGCACUAAGUCCUGAUGCCAGACAUGUACUUUCUGCCGGGGAAGAUGGCUGCCUAAAGAUUAUAGAUGUCCAAACGGGAAUGCUGAUCUCUUCUCUAUCCUCUGGAGAAAGGCAGAGAUGCUUCUGUUGGAAUGGUCAGACUGUUCUGUCAGGUAAUGACACUGGAGAAUUGCUAGCCUGGGACCUCCUUGGUGGAAGAAUUCUUGAAAGAAUGAAAGGUCAUGCAGAUGCUGUGACGUGUAUGUGGAUGAAUGAGCCUUGUAACACUCUAAUCACCGGAUCAGCAGACAGACAGAUUUUACUCUGGAAGCUGCAGUACUGAGCUUUUACUUUCCGUGUCCACUGCCCCAGCCUUGAAGAUUUUAAAAUGCAAUGUUUUAAUGUACUGUACAAUAUUGCUUUGAAGAAUGUGCCUUGAUGUCCCACUGCUCCAUACAAUCCAUGAUCGGUGGCAUUUAUUCUUUCUAUGGAUUGUAUCUCCAGGUUGUGGAACAGGGAAUGGAUUAUGGUUUAUUUAUAUCCCCCUCAAUUAAAAGCACCCAAGUCUCUGUCCAGUCUGUAAGGGGACUUUCUGAUGUCCCACCAAGGAAAAGAACAUGACUGGUGGACAAGGACAAGUAUAGAAGAA